AUGGAUGCUUGGGAAGACCUUGUCUAUGAUGAUGACAUCCUGGAGUCAUUUCUUAAAAAAUGUGAUUCUUCUUCUUCUCUUAUACCUGAUCCUGCGGGUAAUGUUCAAGCUGUCAUGCUGAAUAGGAUAAACACUAAAGGGAAAAAAUCCACACAAAAAUUUGCUAAUGAUGUUGCCAAGGCAACAUAUGAAAGAGAUUUUACCUCCAAUGCAUGGAAGUGGGAUGAAAUGUUCAUUGAACACCAUGGUCUAGUUACUGAGGGGAAAAUGAAGAACAUCAAUGCACUAAAAGAAGCCAAAGGAAUGGACAUACUUCCGGUUGUUGCUUGCUUAAUAAAGGAAUGCAAGUCGAAUGGUCUGGGAGACAUGCAGUUGACUGUAAAGGAUCCAUCACAUACAAUGAAGGCUUCAGUGCACCAUAUAGUUAUUCAAGAUCCUAAAUUUGGAGAUAACAUUCGAGUUGGAUCCGUCAUGAUACUGAACCUUGUUAAAUCCUUCUGUGCAUUUAGGCCGAACCACUACCUCAAUAUCGUUCACCGCAACGUAGUGAAGGUUUUUCCCCCUGAAAUUAGUCCUCCAUUAGCUGAACUGGUCAAGGAAACUCCAAAACCUGUCAUUCGACUUCCGAUGUGGGCUGAAAAUAAUGUCAAUGUUGAUGCCAUCCUCCGUAAAUUUGUUCGACCAACUGACCAACCAUCAACAUCAUCCAAUCAACCACCAACUGACCAACCAUCAACAUCAGCCAAUCAAGCAAAAUAG